UCAUUUUCGCUGCGAUUGCAAACAAUUGGGUGAGUAGACAAAAUAGGUGUUCGAUUUAAAGAAAACUUCGUCCGAGUGGAGGACGAGGGACUCCUUACACAAUCGCUGAUAAAGCCCUUGAAUGAAAUCCAAAAUCCAAUCUCCUUCAGCGUUCAUGUGAUGUGAAGAGACGGUGCGGCGCAAACCGUAAAGACAAUUACAGAGCUCUGCCCUCUGUUCAGCACCAUAAUUUUUCAAGCUAUAGCUGAAAACCACUUCGCCUGUAAUUUGCGUGGUAUUUGAAGUAACUGGGGUCCUCCCUUUUAUCUGUUUUCCUGAAUUAAUUGAAGAUAGAGCCGAGAAAAUGCCCAAGGUUCGAACAAACCGCGUCAAGUACCCCAAUGGAUGGGAGCUCAUCGAGCCCACUCUUAGGGAUUUAGAGACCAAGAUGCGAGAAGCGGAGAAUGAGACACAUGAGGGUAAAAGGAAGUGUGAGACUCUAUGGCCUAUUUUUAAGAUUGCACAUCAAAAGAGUCGAUAUAUAUUUGACUUGUAUUACCGCAGAAAGGAGAUAUCCAAGGAACUCUACGAAUUUUGCUUGGACCAAGGCUACGCAGAUCGUAAUCUGAUAGCAAAAUGGAGAAAAUCUGGAUAUGAGCGCCUUUGUUGUUUGCGAUGUAUGCAACCUCGUGAUCACAACUUUUCCACAACCUGUGUCUGCAGAGUUCCCAAACAUCUUAGAGAAGAAAAGGUCAUCGAGUGUGUCCACUGUGGUUGUAGAGGAUGUGCCAGUGGAGACUGAUGGCACAGCAACAAUUCAAAAGGCACCUACAGACAAUGUGAAACUUGACAAUUAUAACAUUAGCAGAGAGGUGAAAGCCAAUUGCACAAAUGAUAAUCGAGUGCUUUAAUGUAUCUUAUGGAUAAUAGCAGUUACUUUAUCUUUAAACAUGUUUUUUUACUGGGACAUGCUUUCCAAAUUCAUAUGAUUCAUAUAUUUUACUAUUUUAAUUAUUUUAAUCAGUAACGUGUUCUGGAAUUCUCACUUU